AUGACCGGCAAAUUUUGGUCUCCUGCAGAGGAGAAGUACUUCUGGAAGACUGUCGUCGCCCACUCUGUUAAGCGUGCUCCUGUGGACCUUUCUAACGACGAGAAAACGUGGGAAGAGCUUGCGGUCGAUAUGCAGAAGGCAAUGGAGCACCAGGGCACCGCUCGCCGGUGGUACACUGGCUCCGUGUUAUUUGAGCAUUACUUCCAGAAUGUCGAGGGAGACAGAAGAUCUCCAAAUGCUACACCAUUUGUCGUUGAGUAUAUGAAAAAGCUCGGGCUAUUCCGUCGCAUCAUCAACCCUCGUUCAGGCCCUCGUGGUGGUCGCCCUCGCCGCAGAGAGGUGACUACGGCCGAGCCCCAGGGAGUCCAGGCUCCACCUCCAAGUCCAGACGGCUUCACAAUUACCCCCCUAGAGGAAGAUGAUGUCUUCUCACCAGAGUAUGCGGCACGCCAAGCUACUCAGUCUCGUCAGUCUCAUCAAUCGAGCCAAUCCAGCCAGUCUCGAGAAUCUCGAUGUCCUAGUCGUCUUCUGAAACGCCAACGCUUGCAAAAACUUGCCCCAACUCCCCACCCUCGACCAGUCUUAGAGCCUUCAUUCGAUACUACUUCCCAUAAUCCCCAUCAAACCACUUACGGUUACCAAAUGGAUGGGCAAUCUGUUACAGAAGAAUCUGUAUCUGGAUCAUCCUCAUCACGGUUUGAUGCCCUUCUCGCCGCUGCCCAAUUGAUGGAUACGGCAGACUACUCGACUGAGGGAAGCCCUGUGCGAGACCACUUUACAAUACAAUCAUCUUAUGCCUCAUCUUCGUUCCAGCCCCAGAAUAUCCCUGGCUACGGGAUGGAGAUUCAAACUGCUAAUAACACGCCGUCCUCCGAAUUUGCUUAUAGCGGGAUUGAUAUUCAGGACCUUAGCCAGAAUACCUCCGGCAUCACUCCGGGUUUCCAGGAAGAGUGUACAUUAGGACAUCCGACCGGACGACCUUCCAUUUCGCGCUUAUCGUCUGGGUCAUCCCUAUCUACUCUGUGUGGCCCUUCUGUUAAUGAACACAUACCAACUGGCGAAACAACUGAAGAGGAAUUAACUACUGAAGAUGAAGGAGAGAACAAAGAAAAUGAGGGUGAUGGAGGUGAUGAGUACAUUCAGAUGCCGGGCUUCAGGUUGAUACGAAGCAACCCAGUUCAACAAGACUUCAUCAUCUACGAAGACGGCCAGAUUGUCCAAGGCUUGCAACUUCAUAAUGUUCGCCAGGUAUAUGGGAACUUUGACACCUAUGAUGCUAACAAAGAGAACGAAGGCGCCCAAGGAGCAUAUGAUGCGAGUAGCUUUGGUCUAGCGGGCGGUGUUGUUGGCACCCCGAGUAGUAUAUUCGACACUAUGUACUGAGGGACCAGAUCCCGGAAUUAUCCCUUCUCUUGCCAGCUGGUAAGCUCAUGCAUGGACUACAUGCGCUGUGGAACGUGGUGGCGGUGAUGGUAACAGUAAAGGUGGCAUUAGCCUUGUUGCAUCAUUCUAAGGAGAAUGACAAUGCUUGAACUGUAUGAAGAGGUGGGAGCAAGCUGGCUUACACGAAAGCUGUCCUCAACUGCGAAUAGUUAAUGUGUGGCGUCAAGCCGUGGGAAACCAGGACAAGGAUUGCUUUCGCAGACGGGAUAAUGAAAACAUUAUCCCCAGUUCUUGUAAUGCCUUAAGUCUAUGAAAACCUAGACUAAUAAUAUGUUCUGUGUUCUCUGACAGACUCUGAACUUGAAUGUCGAGGAUUGUUU